UACCCCGUGCGAGCACCCCCCUGCUGCCCCACCUGGACGAGCUCGCUGAUCUUGUGGAGGUCGUCGUCGCUGCCGCUGCCACCCUUCUUCUUCUUCUGCGGAGACGUUGCCUCCUGGAGCACCAGCAUCCGCUCGGUAUGACCGCCCCUCAACCCAGGCCGCACGAGCGGAAGGUGGCGCCGUCCGCCGGCGACGACGACGACGAGGAGGAGGACCCGGUGGACGCGAUGAUCGCGCGCACCGGCUGCGCCGCGUCGCACUACGCGGUGCAGGAGUGCAUGGCGGCCACGCGCGACUGGCGCCAGUGCCAGCCGCAGGUCGCCGCGCUGCGCGACUGCAUGCUGGCGCACCAGCGCCGCGCCGCGCCGGAGACCCCCCCGCGGCCGUGAGCGGCGUGGCGGACCCCGGGGAGUCGGCACGGGGGGGCGGGGGGGGGGGGGUUCUCACCAGCUGGAGGAUCUGCGUGGCGCAGAGGUGAACCUUCCAGCCCUGAGCCUUGUUGGUGACGCCCGCCUGGCUCGACAGCUCCUGCAGGCUCGGCUUCUUCUCCUCUGUGGCGGGCGGGGGACACGCGCGGGGACGCACGGGCGGAGGAGACGCGUGUGAACACGCGUACAGCAAUCCUGUGGCGCGGGCGAUCGUGGUUGUGCCGGACGCCUGUGCCCAAGGGGUGAGUGCGUGGCGCCAUAGAGAAUAAACCCUGCAACGUGUGCAUGCUUAUUCGUA